CAGCAGUCUAUGCUGCCCAAGCGUGUUCUGAUCGUGGGAUCUGGAGUCUUCGGACUAGGCACAGCUUAUGCCUUGGCCCAAAGGCAGGAAUUCAAAGAUACCAGCAUCACCGUGCUGGAGCGAGUGGACUUCCCAGCGCAAGAUGCUUCAUCAGUCGACACUUCAAGGAUUAUUCGAGCCGAUUACGCAGAUGUCGCAUACGCUCAGCUCAUGGCAGAGGCCAUGCUGUACUGGAACGCUGAUUUUGGCAAACAAGGCCGUUUUACACAGUCGGGGCUGGCCAUAAUCCGCGACGCCGACCGUCCUGGCGCCGACGAUUUCCUCAAUGAAGCCUUGCACAAUGUGACCGAGAAUCUUGGCCUGAAACUCGGAUCUGAUGUGACCGUGAUCACGAACGAGGAAGAAGCUCGCAAAGUCAUGGGUACGGCCAAGGGGUAUAUUGGAAACAAAGGCUACGUGAACUGGACAUCAGGCUGGGCGCACGCCGAAGAUGGCAUCAAGUAUCUGCGCAAGAAAGUCGACGAGUUGAAUCGCGUCGAGUUCAUGACGGCAGAAGUCCAACGUCUUGUCUUCGCCAACGACUCCACCGUCUCAGGUGUCGAGCUCGCCUCCGGCCAGACCUUGACAGCAGACCUCACAGUCCUCGCCACAGGAGCCUGGACACCAAAACUCAUCGACCUUCGUGGCAUCGCUUCCGCAACGGGCCAGUGUCUGGCCUACAUCGACAUCACCGAGGAGGAAGAGAGACGGCUUUCUCAGCCUGGUCAACCUGUGUUUCUCUGCGAAAACGACGGCCUCUUCAUCAUCCCACCACGAGACCGCAAGCUGAAAGUGGCACGGCAUGGAUAUGGCUAUGCGAACCCGGUCACCGUUCCUCAUCCCGAGAAAGCUGGAGAACAAAUCACAGUCUCGCUACCCAAAACCAAACUCGACGACUCAGACAUGGAUAUUCCCCCGGAAGCCAAGCAAGUCUGCAGAAACUUUCUCCGCCGCUGUAUCCCAGAACUUGCCGAUCGUCCUUUCACACACACGAGAAUAUGCUGGUACACUGACACUCCUACGGGCGACUGGUUGAUCGACUAUCAUCCAAGAUACCAGGGUCUCUUCGUCGCCACCGGUGGGAGCGGGCAUGCGUAUAAGUUCUUACCCAUUAUUGGCGAGAGGAUUGUAGACGUCAUCCAAAAUGUCGAGAAAGACGACUUGGGAAGGAAGCUGAGGGCGAAAUGGCGGUGGCCUACGCAGAAAUUCCAUCAGGAUCAUGUUUGGACUAAUGAUUGGAGGGGCGAGGGCGUGAAGGGCAUGAUUCUGGAGGAGGAGAUGAGGAAGAAGGUACAUCUUGAUCCGAUUGAUGCUCACGAAAAAGAUGAUUGAGUCUGUCCUCAUGGGUCUGCGAGCAAGGACAUUCGACGCUUGAAAUGUGAUGAGCUUCGGAAUAUUAAUUCGAUCGCCUAUAGAUGACCAUAACAGCAUAAUCCCCACACGCAACAAGCUAAUCAAAGACAUCAAGCGCAUACCUCUCCCCCCGCCACUUCUCCCACCUGAGCCUCGCAUCCUCUUCCGACAACUUCUCGCCCUUGUCCUCCGCUUCUUCGACGAGCAGUCUGACAGCCACAUCGGAGACGCUCCUCCCCAUAGCUCCACUUCCACAUAUAUAUAUCCUCGCGCCGAGAUCGAAAAGGCGAGCGAUUUCAGCAGCCUCUUUGUACACACGAUCCUGAACAUACCGACAUCCGUCCGACUGCUCUGAAGCCCGACUGUAAGCAUAACGUACCUUCACAACACCGAGAUUCUCCCAUUGAGCCAGCUCCUCAGCGAAAAUUUUGUCCUGAUUUGGAUCUCGACAUCCGACAAAGAGAAGAGCUUCUCCCAGCUGUCUUCCAGCUUCGGCUUUGACUGCUCGUUCCUGGAGGAAACCUCGGAAAGGCGCCAGACCCGUGCCCGCAGCUACCAUUAUGACUGGAAUCGAUUCGUCGAGGGGCAGAUGGAAUGCAGCUGAGCUCUUUUUGACUGCGACUUGCAGGGUCGAGCCCGGCUCGAGACUCUUCAGAUAACUGGUUGCUGUCCCAAUGUGCUCAUCGCUCUCGAUCACGCUGAAUGUGAUGGUCGCAAGAGAGGGGUCUGCGAGAGGCGAGGAGGAAAUGCUAUAUUGUCUGAGUCGAAGUGGCAUGUGCAGUUCGAGGAAUGUGCCAAAUGGGAUGCUGAUAUCUGGAUGACGCUCCAGGAUGUCGAUUAUUGAGCCACGUUCAUCUGCAAGUGAGAGUUUGGAGUGCUCCGACAAUACAUCUCGACUUUUGCGGGAUGCGCGAGCACCGAGUUCGAUGUAACCGGAGAGAAUUAAGGCGACUGGAAGCUCUCGGUUCUCCGGAAUGGUUGCAUGAGAGCCGCUAGUGAUAGUCAUGGCCGUGUCCCAGGGCAGGGAGAAGCGACGUAGGACUCGA